CAACUCUCGCGAGCUUUGUCAGUAACAGUUGAUUGUAAUGUCAGUGCAGUCCAAUUUACAGGCUGGAGCAGCAGCUGCAUACUGCAUUUCCCUGAAGUAUUACAUGAUUUCCACUCCUUGAAAACUUUAUCAUCUUUGUUGCAGUGGGUCAGAAACCAGUAUGGAGAGCAAAGUUCCAAUCAUAUGCACCCAAUGUCUUUUGAGGUUUCUUUUGCUCUGGGUGCUUAUUGGGAAGUCAGACACUGAAGAAGACAUUGUCAUUACAACCAAGAAUGGUAAAGUCAGAGGGAUGAACUUGCCAGUUCUUGGUGGCACAGUAAUAGCCUUUCUUGGAAUUCCCUAUGCACAGCCACCUCUUGGUAGACUUCGUUUCAAAAAACCACAAUCCUUAAGCAAGUGGUCCAAUAUUUGGAACGCCACAAAAUAUGCAAAUUCUUGCUAUCAGAACACAGAUCAAAGUUUUCCAGGCUUCCUUGGAUCAGAGAUGUGGAAUCCAAAUACCGACCUCAGUGAAGACUGUUUAUAUCUGAAUGUGUGGAUUCCAGCACCUAAACCAAAAAACGCUACUGUAAUGAUAUGGAUCUAUGGUGGUGGUUUUCAAACUGGAACAGCAUCUUUACAUGUUUAUGAUGGCAAGUUUCUGGCACGAGUUGAAAGAGUUAUUGUAGUUUCAAUGAACUAUAGGGUGGGUGCCCUAGGAUUCUUAGCUUUACCAGGAAAUCCGGAGGCACCAGGGAACGUGGGCUUGUUUGACCAACAGUUGGCACUUCAGUGGGUCCAAAAAAAUAUAGCAGCCUUCGGUGGAAAUCCUAAAAGUGUAACUCUCUUUGGAGAAAGUGCAGGAGCAGUUUCAGUUAGCCUUCAUUUACUUUCUCCUCGAAGCCACCCAUUGUUUACUAGAGCCAUUCUGCAAAGUGGAUCUUCUAAUGCUCCUUGGGCAGUAACAUCUCUUUAUGAAGCUAGGAAUAGAACAUUGACCUUAGCUAAAUGUGUUGGUUGCUCUAGAGAAAAUGAGAUUGAGAUCAUCAAAUGCCUUCAAAGUAAAGAUCCCCAGGAAAUUCUUCAGAAUGAAGUAGUUGUUGUCCCUUAUGAGACUCUUCUGUCAGUAAACUUUGGUCCAAUUGUGGAUGGCGAUUUUCUCCCUGACACACCGGACACACUACUCCAACUUGGACAGUUCAAAAAAACCCAGAUCUUGGUGGGUGUUAAUAAAGAUGAAGGGACAGCCUUUUUAGUAUAUGGCGCUCCUGGUUUCAGCAAAGAUAACAACAGUAUCAUAACUAGAAAAGAAUUUCAGGAAGGUUUAAAAAUAUUUUUUCCAGGAGUGAGUGACUUUGGAAGGGAAUCGAUCCUUUUCCAUUACAUGGAUUGGUCCGAUGAUCAGAGAGUUGAGAAUUACCGUGAGGCCCUGGAUGAUGUUGUCGGGGAUUACAAUAUCAUAUGCCCUGCCUUGGAGUUCACAAAAAAGUUCUCAGAUUUGGGAAAUGCCUUUUUCUACUAUUUUGAACACCGAUCCUCCAAACUUCCUUGGCCAGAAUGGAUGGGAGUGAUGCAUGGUUAUGAAAUUGAAUUUGUCUUUGGUUUACCUUUGGAAAGAAGAGUAAAUUACACAAAAGCUGAAGAAAUUUUGAGUAGAUCCCUAAUGAAACGCUGGGCAAAUUUUGCAAAAUAUGGAAAUCCAAAUGGGACCCAGAAUAGUAAUACAAGAUGGCCUGUCUUCAAAAGCACUGAACAAAAAUAUUUAACCUUGAAUACGGAGUCACCAAAAGUAUACACUAAGCUACGUGCUCAACAAUGCCGAUUCUGGACACUAUUUUUUCCCAAAGUCUUGGAAAUGACAGGAAAUAUUGAUGAAGCAGAACAAGAAUGGAAAGCAGGAUUCCAUCGCUGGAACAAUUACAUGAUGGACUGGAAAAAUCAAUUUAACGAUUACACUAGCAAGAAAGAAAGCUGUGCAGGUCUCUAAUUAAUAGAUUUACCCUUUAUAUAAUGUUCGCUUUUCUGUAGAUCAAGGCAAAAAUAUCAGUAGCUCUCUUAUACACCUAGUACGAAAGUUAUUAUAUAGUUGAACAAAAAUGCCGAAGGAUAAUAUCGAUUUCUCACAUCUUUCAUUUAGCAUUGUACCUAGCAUUUCAAAACCCAAAUGGCCAGAACAUGUUAAAUUAAAUUUCACAAUAUAAAGUUUGGCAAUUAUAUGCAUAUUAAAA